AUGUCAAAGAUGAAAGUGUUAUUGUUCAUGUUCCUUUCCAGCUGCACCUGCCUUGUUGCCUUAUCAACUCAUGAUGGUCUUUUACCCAAUGGGAAUUUUGAAUUGGGUCCUAUCCCUUCUCAAAUAAAUGGCACUCGAGUUUUAUUCUCAUACGCCAUUCCAAAUUGGCGCAUCUCGGGUUAUGUCGAAUACAUUAAGUACGGUGAUAAACAAGGUGACAUGUUACUAAUAGUCCCCGAAGGGACCUAUUCGGUUCGACUAGGGAAUGAAGCAUCUAUAAGACAAAAGUUGAAGGUCACUAAAGGGACUUUUUAUUCCAUUACGUUUAGUGCAGUCCGAACUUGUGCCCAAGAUGAGAAGUUGAAUGUCUCGGUUACGCCCAAUUCGGAGGCUAAUGAUUGGGGGAUUCUUCCCAUUCAAACUAUGUAUAGUAGCAAUGGUUGGGACUCUUAUUCUUGGGCUUUCUUGGCGGAGUCGAAUGAGAUCGAGAUUUCGAUUCAUAACCCGGGUAUCGAGGAGGAUCGGGCCUGCGGCCCAUUAAUCGAUUCGGUGGCCUUGAAGGCUUUGCAUCCUCCAAGAAGACUAAAGGCAAACAUGUUGAAAAAUGCCAACUUUGAAGAAGGGCCAUACAUCUUUCCAAAAUCAUCAUGGGGAGUGUUAAUCCCUCCAAACAUCGAAGACGAUCAUUGCCCAUUGCCCGGCUGGAUAAUCGAAUCGUUAAAGGCAGUUAAAUACAUCGACUCCAACCAUUUUGUUGUUCCCAAGGGAAAACGCGCAAUUGAACUUGUUGGGGGAAAAGAGAGUGUGAUAUCCCAAAUCGUUAGAACUAGACCCGGAAAGGAAUAUGUACUCAGCUUCGCUAUUGGUGAUGCAAGAAACAUGUGUGAAGGAUCUCUCGUUGUGGAGGCGUUUGCUGGGAAAAUUAAAGUACAAGUCCCUUAUGUUUCAAAGGGAACCGGUGGAUUCAAGCGGUCUAAGUUUCGGUUCAUUGCAGUAUCUUAUAGGACUCGAAUUCGAUUCUCGAGCACAUUCUACACAACAAAGAGUGAUAGCUCCGGUUCACUUUGUGGACCGGUGAUUGAUGAUGUUCGGUUGGUUGGUGUACGUAAAUUCUUAAACUAA